AUGAAUGUCUCCCUUCGCUUUGGGGAAAUGGAGGGAGAACUUAGCCUGAUUAGGACGCUGACCAAGGAGGACAAGCAGCAUGAAAGCAAACUAAUACAAUGGCUGAGAUUCGAAGGGCCAGAAGUCGCCGCCACAGUAGUGCACAUGAAUGUCCUGGCUGAUGCUCUCAAGAACAUCAACAAUGCCGAAAAAAGAGGCAAACGCCAGGUGAUUAGGCUGUGCUCCAAAGUCAUCUUCCGGUUUCUUGCUGUGAUGAUGAAGCAUGGUUACAUUGCUGAAUUUGAAAUCAUUGAUGAUCACAGAGCUGGGAAAAUUGUUGUGAACCUCACAGGCAGGCUAAACAAGUGUGGCGUGAUCAGCCCCAGCUUUGAUGUGCAACUCAAAGCUCUAGAAAAAUGGCAGAAUAAUCUGCUUCCAUCCUGCCAGUUUGGUUUCGUUGCACUGACAACCUCAGCUGGCAUCAUGGACCGUGAAGAAGCAAGACAAAAACACACAAGAGGGAAAAUCCUGGGAUUCUUUUUCUAGGGAUGUAAU